AUGCGGCUACUUGCCGCCUCUUUAGUUCCUCAUCACUUGUUUUCGAGAAAUGACCAUUCCCGCGGCGGUGGCAGCGGUGCCGGAGGUGGUGGCCGUGGCGGUGGUUCUUAUGGCACUUCUUCUUCAGCAUCUGAAUUAGCUCCUCAUGAUCUCUCUUCUACUUCAUCAGAAAGCUGGCACCACCACCACCACCAGAUGAAUUUCUCUUCUGUGAUAAUGGAAGAUUCUCUCAGAGCCACCAACUUUUUUGGCGACCCGUUCUCGAACAUGCGAGAUCCCUUUCUUCAAGACCUUGAUUUCCCCUUACCUUCUUCCUACUUCAGUUCUGCAAUUAAUAAUUCUGCCAUGGAAGAUGCAUCGCCUGGUUUUUCUGAUUCUUCUGUUGUUUUGUCGUCUCAUCACAAGCUUGUAGAAGAUGAUAUGAGAAUAAGGCCCCCUGUAGCAGCAGCAGCUUGUAACAACAACACCAUAUUCUCCAACAUGAUUCAGAUCUCUCCCAACAUAUUCGCCGCCGCCGCCAUAAAUUCUUCAUCUUCGUCAUCCUUGCCGCUGUCGUCGCCACGGGGAAUCGAGCCUUCUUCUUCUUCUUCUUCUUCUUUGGUUUCUGCUGGCAACUUGAAUAUCACGGUGGACAACGCAUCAGUGCAGAUCUCGUCUCCAAGGAAUCCGGGUCUCAAGCGAAGAAAAAGCCAGGCGAAGAAGGUGGUGUGUAUACCUGCACCAGCAGCGGCAAAUAGCAGACCAAGUAGUGGAGAGGUAGUUCCGUCUGAUCUGUGGGCUUGGAGAAAGUACGGUCAGAAACCCAUCAAAGGUUCUCCAUACCCAAGGGGCUACUAUAGAUGCAGCAGCUCCAAGGGUUGUUCAGCGAGGAAACAAGUAGAGAGAAGCAGGACAGACCCAAACAUGCUGGUCAUCACUUACACUUCAGAGCACAACCAUCCAUGGCCGACUCAACGCAACGCUCUCGCCGGCUCAACCAGGUCUCAGCCUUCCAAGAACAACAACAACGCUUCCAAGAACAACAGCGUCAACAAUUCUGAUCAAGCUUCGACGAAGCCGAAGGAGGAAGAGGAGCAGCAGCAGCAGCAAGAUCAUCAUCAGAGAGGGAAAAGCUCAUCAUCAUCAGUGAAGGAGGAGAUGGAGAUGGAAGAUAUAGCAGUGAUGAACCAGAAUGAUCAAAAUAAUAGAUCAGAAGGAGUGGGAUACAAACCAUGUAUGUUGGAGAGUAAUAAUAAUAAUAAUCAGUCUUGUGAGGAUUUCUUUGCAGAACUGGGAGAGAUUGAAGCUGACCCACUCAAUCUCUUGUUCACUCAAGCAGGUUUCAAUGAAGAGCAUCAGAAUCAUGACCGUCAGAGAGAAUCCAAAGCUUUAGAUCCUUUUCAUCUCUUUGACUGGUCAUCAUCAUCAUCAGCAUCAGCAGAUAUUCACAGCACCACCACCACCUCAUUUGAAGAACCAAAGAGAGGGUUAUAACAAGACCUUGAAGAAACAAAUUUAUUAUUCAUUAAACUCACAAUUAUAUGAUCAUACCUUAAUUAAUAUCCUCCCUCUAUAAUAUAUUUUUUUUACCUUUCUUUCUUUCGCUUUGGUCAUGAAAUAUUGUCAUCAUUAUUAAUUCAAGGUCAUGUUAUAAUCUUUUUCAUCUGGUUUGCAGAGGGUAAUGUAAAAGAAGGAUUCUUCUUGUUUUUUUUUUUCUUGGUAGCCAUUAUGUUAUAGAAAGAUCGAGUUUCUUCCUCAUAA